GAGGAAAGACAGAGUCAUCAUUACUAGUCUCGCGCAAAUAGAAAUUCAUUUCACAGAAUGAGCAAUAAUCUUUCUCGAUAUAUAAAAGUGUUUUUCUAGCCCAUAUCAACCUAUUUAAUCCAGUUUGCCCCUUCAUCAUCUAAUCCCUUUAUACUGACAACCAAACAACACACUGAAACAUCAUCAUAGAACAUUUUAUACUAAGAUAAUAAUAUUGUAUUUAAUAUACAUUAACACCAUUGUGCUUCAGCAAACGGUGUAACAUCAUCAGUCAGCCACACACAAAAAACCCUCAUCAUCAACUACAGCUAUGGAGUUGGCCCAUUGUAAAACCUAUCAGGAAGUGCUUGAUAAUUUUCAAACUGACCCGGAGAGAGGAUUAACUGACGAUCAAGUUAAAAAGUAUCAAGCCAAGUAUGGUCUCAAUGAGUUACCCACAGAAGAGGGUAAAUCAUUGUGGCAAUUGGUUUUGGAGCAAUUUGAUGAUCUUUUAGUGAAAAUUUUACUUCUUGCGGCCAUAAUUUCAUUUGUGCUUGCUUUCUUUGAAGAAGAUGAAGACACUAUUACAGCCUUUGUUGAACCUUUUGUCAUUUUACUCAUUCUUAUUGCUAACGCUGUGGUUGGUGUUUGGCAGGAAAGAAAUGCUGAAAGUGCAAUUGAAGCUCUCAAGGAGUAUGAACCCGAGAUGGGAAAGGUUAUCCGGGCCAACAAACAAGGUGUACAAAAAAUUAGAGCCAAAGAAAUUGUUCCUGGAGACUUGGUUGAAUUCUCGGUCGGUGACAAAGUUCCCGCUGAUAUUAGGUUAAUCAAGAUAUACUCAACAACCCUGAGGGUUGACCAAUCUAUUCUUACUGGUGAAUCUGUCUCUGUGAUUAAACACACCGACCCUGUACCCGACCCAAGGGCUGUAAAUCAGGAUAAGAAGAAUAUUUGUUUCUCGGGUACAAAUAUUGCUGCUGGUAAAGCCAAAGGUAUCGUCAUCGGUACUGGUCUUGAAACCGCUAUUGGUAAGAUUCGUACUGAAAUGAGUGAAACUGAAGAAGUCAAAACUCCACUCCAACAAAAACUUGAUGAGUUUGGUGAACAAUUAUCAAAAGUAAUCUCAAUUAUCUGUGUUGCUGUCUGGGCUAUCAACAUUGGACACUUUAAUGAUCCAAUUCACGGCGGCUCUUGGCUAAAGGGUGCCAUCUACUAUUUCAAGAUCGCUGUUGCACUAGCUGUUGCAGCUAUCCCCGAAGGUUUACCUGCUGUGAUCACUACUUGCUUAGCCUUAGGUACUCGAAGGAUGGCCAAAAAGAAUGCCAUUGUUCGAUCUUUACCCUCAGUCGAAACAUUAGGUUGUACAUCUGUCAUUUGCUCUGAUAAGACAGGUACCCUUACCACAAAUCAAAUGUCAGUUAGUAGGUUCUUUAUUAUCAGAGAUGCCUCUGGUAGUGACUGUGAAUUAGAUGAAUUUGAAGUUACCGGAUCAACUUACGAACCCAUUGGUGAUGUCUUCAUCAAGGGACAACGAGCAAAGUCUAGUGAUUACGAUCAAUUAUUCGAAAUGACCACUAUUUGUGUCAUGUGCAAUGAUUCCAGUAUUGACUUUAAUGAGUUCAAACAAGCCUUCGAGAAGGUCGGUGAAGCCACUGAAACUGCUCUCGUCGUAUUAGCUGAAAAAUUAAAUCCAUGGGGCUACAGUAAAUCUGGAUUAAGUCGACGAGAUGCUGCCUUAGUAGUGAACCACAAUAUCCAAUCCAUGUGGAGAAAAGAGUUUACCCUUGAGUUCUCUCGAGAUCGAAAAUCAAUGAGCUCUUUCUGUGUUCCUAAAAAAGUUGACAAACUUGGAUCUGGACCAAAGAUGUUUGUUAAAGGAGCUCCUGAAGGAGUUCUUGAUCGAUGCUCACACGUUCGAGUCGGAGACCGUAAAGUUCCAAUGACCGAAGGUAUUAGAAAUAAAAUUUUAGAAACUACCAGACAAUAUGGUACUGGUAGAGAUACCCUCAGAUGUCUUGCUCUUGCAACUAUUGACAGUCCAAUGGCUCCUGAUGAGAUGGAUCUUAAUGACGCUACCAAGUUUAUCAAUUAUGAGGUUAACUGUACUUUCGUUGGUGUCGUUGGUAUGUUGGAUCCUCCUCGUAAAGAAGUCUUUGAUUCAAUCAUGAGAUGUCGAGCUGCUGGUAUUCGAGUUAUCGUCAUUACUGGUGACAACAAGGCCACUGCUGAAGCUAUUUGCCGAAGAAUCGGAGUAUUCGGUGAAGACGAAGACACCUUCGGAAAGUCAUACUCUGGUCGUGAAUUUGAUGACUUACCUGUAUAUGAACAACGUGAAGCUAUCCGUAAAGCUCGACUAUUCUCCCGUGUAGAACCUUCACACAAGUCCAAAAUUGUUGAAUUUCUACAAGCUGAUGGUGAAAUUUCUGCUAUGACUGGUGAUGGUGUAAAUGAUGCCCCUGCUCUUAAGAAAGCCGAAAUUGGUAUUGCUAUGGGUUCAGGAACUGCUGUUGCUAAAUCAGCUGCUGAAAUGGUUUUAGCUGAUGACAAUUUCUCAUCCAUUGUUGCUGCCGUAGAGGAAGGUCGUGCUAUUUAUAAUAAUAUGAAACAAUUCAUUCGAUAUCUCAUUUCAUCCAACAUUGGUGAAGUUGUGAGUAUUUUCUUGACUGCCGCUCUUGGUCUUCCCGAAGCCUUGAUUCCAGUACAAUUACUUUGGGUUAACCUAGUCACUGACGGUUUACCAGCCACAGCAUUAGGUUUUAAUCCACCUGAUCUUGACAUUAUGGAACGACCUCCUCGACGAGCUAACGAACCACUCAUCACCGGAUGGUUAUUCUUUAGGUAUAUGGCUGUUGGUUGCUAUGUCGGUGCUGCCACUGUAGGCGCUGCCGCUUGGUGGUUCUUAGCCGCUCCUGAUGGACCUCAUCUUACAUUCUAUCAACUUAGCCACCAUCUUCAAUGCCUUGGUGGGGACGAAGCAUUUGCAAAUGUAGAUUGUGCUAUUUUCCGUGACCCUCAUCCAAUGACUAUGGCCUUAUCUGUAUUAGUUACCAUUGAAAUGUUGAAUGCUCUCAACAGUUUAUCUGAAAACCAAUCUCUUCUUGCAAUGCCACCAUGGAAAAACCCAUGGCUUUUGGGUGCUAUGGCUCUUUCAAUGGGUCUUCACUUUUUCCUUCUCUAUGUCGAUUUCAUCUCGGUAAUCUUCUCUGUUUGCCCACUUAACGCUGAGGAAUGGUGGACAGUACUCAAGAUCUCAGGUCCGGUUGUCUUAUUAGAUGAAGCCUUGAAAUUAAUUUCAAGAAAGUUCAUCGAUACUAAUGUUAUGGCAUCUUUAAACAAAAACAAAUAAUUUCAAACAUUAUGUCUAAUAAUGUAAAUUGUAUCAUUAAAAUAUACUAUUUAAUGGUUA